GUGUCGGAGCCUCCAGGGUCCAGGUCCGGAUCGGGGAUGCUGAGGCCGAGCGCGGUGCGGCCCAUCGGGGCGGAGGCUCUGGUAGCGCUGCUGGAGGGGGGGCUGGAUCGGGUGGUGUUGAUUGACAGCCGACCCUUCGUAGACUUCAACGUCUCUCACAUCCUGGAGGCGGUGAACGUGAACUGCUCCAAGCUGAUGAAGAGGAGGCUGCAGCAGGACAAGGUCCAGAUCGCCGAGCUGCUGCAGCACUCGGCCAAGAAGAAGUUGGAGCUGCAGGGCGAUCAGGAGGUCGUGGUGUACGACCAGAGUUCUUCAGACCCGACGUCUCUCGGCUCCGACUCGUUCCUCAGCGUCCUGCUGGUCAAACUGGAGAGAAGCUUCCCGUCCGUCCACCUGCUCUCAGGGGGCUUCUCUGAGUUCUCUCAUCUGUUCCCUGGACUGUGUGAGGGGAAGUCGUCUCUGGUUCCCUCGUGCGUCUCUCAGCCGUGUCUCCUCGUCAACAACAUCGGUCCCACGCGCAUCCUGCCGCACCUGUACCUGGGCUGCCAGCGGGACGUCCUCAACCAGGAGCUGAUGCAGCAGAACCAGAUCGUCUACGUCCUGAACGCCAGUAACACUUGCCCCAAACCAGACUUCGUCCCUGACUCUCACUUCCUGCGGGUUCCGGUGAACGACUCGUUCUGUGAGAAGAUCCUGCCGUGGUUGGACCGAUCGGUGGAGUUCAUAGAAAAGGCCAAAGCGUCGGACGCCCGCGUGCUGGUUCACUGUCUCGCUGGAAUCUCUCGCUCAGCCACCAUCGCCAUUGCCUACAUCAUGAAGAGGAUGGACAUGCCGCUGGACGAGGCGUACAGGUUCGUGAAGGAGAAGCGUUCGACCAUCUCGCCCAACUUCAACUUCCUGGGUCAGCUGCUCGACUUUGAGAAGAAGAUCAAGAGUCCUCACGGUGCGGAGACCAAACUCAAGUCCCUCCUUCCUCAGGAGCCCAGCGCCCCCCCUCCUCCUGACGACCUGGAGUCCGCCCUCAGCCCCGAGGUCGCUGUGGCCCCCGGCCCGGCUCCGCUGGAGGCCCCCCCCCUGCCCUGUGCUCUGGCUGAGGCUCUGAGCGGCCUGCAGCUCGCUGACGGCCCCGAGGACAACGCCCGGCUGAAACGCUCCUUCUCUCUGGACAUCAAGUCGUUUGGCGAGGUGGGCGGGGCUGCGGCUCACAGAGUGUUCGCUCCUCACGCCGCAGCAGGAGACGCCACUGACUUCUACAAACCGCCGUCCUUCAAAGAGACGACCAGUAAACCGUGUCAGUUCUCCCCCGUGGAGGAGGUGUCGGAGCAGUCCACGCCAGAGCAGAGCCCCGACAAGGAGGAGGCCGACGGAGCAGAGCGACUGGAGCCGCCGGCCUCCAGCACCUUAGCUGCUCCUGCUGCUCCUGCUGCUCCUGCUGCUCCUGCUGCUCAGAACUGUUCCCAGCAGCUGCACCGGAGCGGCAGCACGGAGAACGCCACCAGUUUCCUGUUCGGCCUCUCCCACAGUCUGCAGCACCUGGCCCACCCGGGGUCCGGCGGCGCCCUGAAAGGCUGGCACUCCGACAUCCUGCUGGGCCCCGUCACCGUCUCCACCUCCUCCCUGACCGGCGGCUGGUACCUCUCCUCCGACUCCUCUCGUUUCUACUCCACCUCCAUCCUGAGCGGCGGUGGAGGCUUUGCGGCGUACAGCUGCAGUCACGGCCUGGAGGCGGUGCGGCGCCGCAGUCGGCAGAGAAUGGGCGACCGCUGCGACUCGAGGCGGAGCUGGCACGAGGAGAGCAGCUUCGAGAAGCAGCUGAAGAGACGGAGCUGCCAGAUGGAGUUCGGAGACGGGAGGACGGACAGCAGGUCACCGGAGGAGAUGGUGAAGGUCGGCAGUCAGUCCAGUUUCUCCGGCAGCAUGGAGGUCAUCGAGGUUUCCUGAGGCUGAUCCUCAGUCAGUGUGAAAGUCACGACGAGUCACACGACGCAGCAGCAACACGCCACCACACCGGCAGCAUCACGAGAAUCAUAACACGAGAAUCAUAACACGAGAAUCAUAACACGAGAAUCAUAACACGAGAAUCAUAACCAGGAAGCGCCGUACGGACGUCAUGACCACGUGAGCUGGUCAGAUCCACCUGAACACGAGAGCAGGUCGCUUGACGGAUAUCAAACGUUCAGCUCGUCUCUUCAUUGACCGAGUGUCAGAGGAAGAUGAAGAUGAAGAUGAAGAGGAACCAGCUGACCUGAUUCAGUUCUUGGUGGGUCACAUGACAAACGGCGCUGUGUUUCUCAAUGGGCUUCGAGAUGCUGCCGGUGUGUGUUGCUGUGAAGCCCUGGAGUCUGGUCUCAGGGAUUCAAACCUGCAACCCGGACUGUGCUUGUCAGACCUGAGGAGCCUGAGUGACGUGUCAGCUGACCCUCGUACGACAAGAGGCUGGAACUCGAACAGACGCCGGAGACAAAAGACUCGUUCGGUCAAUCAUGUUUUUAAUUCUUGUAUAAAACAGUAAAAUAGUUUUUGUUUCAGAAUCAUC